GGGGAUAAACAAAAUCAUGCAGGUGUGAGGAGUACAUAUGAAGAGGAAGUCGGAUGGGCUGGUUUUGAUGAGGAAUAGAAGGAAGAAAGUGUCUAAUAAGCAGAGAGGGAAGACAGAAGAAAGGACUAAAGCUAGACCUCCAGUAUCAGAAUUUUAUAAAGGUCCGUUCCUAGAAGGCAAUUUUGGCUUAAAGGUUCCGGAAGAGAGGAAAGUUAUGUCUAAGGAAGGAAUUUUGAUGAAGAAGAAUAUUCUAGAGCAGAUGGUCGUACCUAAUACUAAGAGAGAUAUUAAUGAAAUUCUGGAAGAUAUAGCUAAGAAGAAAAGGAAAGAAAGAGCUAGAGCCAAACAGAGAGCUAAAACUGCAGAUAAAACUAGAUCUGCAGCCAAUGUCAAGAGAAAAUACAUGAAAGUAAAGCAGGAUGAGGAAGAAGUAAAAAUCGAGAGAGUCAAAUGUUCUAAAUUAUUUGCAUUGCCAAAUACAUCCAAGAAACAAGUCGAUGUUUGAGAAAGGUUUACAAGUCAAGAAGAUCUGGACAUGGAAAGAUUGCUCGAAAAACUCACAAUCGAGGUCUCAGAAGAAGACUUUCAAAAGAGAUUUUAUGAAACGAAAUUCAUGAAAUUAUAUGUCGAGACUCCAAGGGUCUGUGAGCUCGAUGAAGUGGUAAAAUUUCUGAGCAAAGUUAUGCCAUCAAGCACUCAUCCAAGAAUGAAGCAGUUUAUAGAAAGAUAUAAGGAAGAUCCUCUGACCGCAAUCAUGCAUAUUUGGACUCAAUGGUCUAAAAUAACUCUUCCAAUAAACUUCUCACUGAUUCUUGAUGGUCAGAAGACUUUUGAUUUGAUGGAUGAAAACACAAAAUUUCUGAAAAAGACACUGCAAGAUAAAUAUGAACACAAGUUUACAACGAUCUUAAAAUAUUCUAUUAGAUUUAUUAGGAUGGUGAAUUACUUUAUUGUCAAAGUUGCAACUAAAGAUAACACACAAAACAGAAUUACUCAUAGAGGUGUUCGUGCAGUUUUGUUUAAAAAUAUCGAAGUUGGCCAAGUCUUUAGAGUUAUGAACUUCCAAUGCACUUCUGAAAGAGAGUCAAUUGCAAAACAGUUUGGGGGAUGGGAUAACCCAAAGAUUAAAAAGAAGAGUCUAAUUCAUUUCCAAAUUCCUAAAGGGUGUUUUAACGCAGCAAAAAUUGGAAAAUAUGGAUGUAAAGACUAUCAUCAUCAAAAAGAAACCUUAAUUCCUCCAUAUACUUGCUGUAAGAUGACAAAGAGAGUGGGUAAUGAGAUCUGGUUGGAGGUAGCAAAGGAUAACAAGAGAGCUAACUUCUCUUAUUUCAGUUUUUAAAAGAAAUACUUGC